AUGAGCGAUACUGAAGAUCGUAAAGGAAAACGAAAAGUAUCUGAUGACGAAGAUGAAGAAGUUGACGAAGAAGAAGAUGAAGAAGAACAAGAAGAUGACGAAGACGAAGAUGAUGAAGACGAAGAGGAUGAUGAUGAUGAAAGUUCAAGUCGAAGAAAGAGAGAAGGUCAUCAACAAAAACGAAAGAAGAAAAAAAUAUCUGGAAAACAAUUUAUUAUUGCUGAAGCUGAUGUCGACGAAGAUGAAGAAGAAGAAGAUGAAGGAGAUGAACCUGAAGAUGGUUUUGUUGAAACAGAUAUUCCCGAUACAACAGCUGCAGAUAUGUAUCGAGCUGGACGAUCAAAAUUUCCAAUAGCACAAGAAGAAAUGGAUCCAGUUGAAUUGGAAAAAUAUUUCAAAGACCGUUAUGGUCGAAAAGAUCCAAGAGGCCGUGGAGAACACGAUGACGAUUAUGAUGAUGAUCAAGUUCCUGAUGAAAUAACACAACAAAGUUUAUUACCUGAUGUUAAAUCACCUAAUCUAUGGCCUGUUAAAUGUCGAAUUGGAGAAGAAAGACAGACAGCUUUAUUAUUGAUGAGAAAAUUUCUUGCAUUAGAAAAUGAUGAAAAAGCAUUACAAAUAAAAUCAGUUAUUGUUAAAGAAGGUGAUCGUGGUUAUAUUUAUAUUGAAGCAUUUAAAUCUAAUCAUGUCAAAGCAGCAUGUGAUGAUAUUCGUGCAUUAAAUGUUCAAAAUCUUCAAAUGGUUCCAAUUAAAGGAAUGACAGAUAUACUACGUGUUGUUAAAACAACUUAUGGAAUAAAAAAAGGUUCAUGGGUACGUGUUAAACGUGGAAUUUAUCGAGAUGAUCUAGCUAAAGUUGAACAAUGUGAUAUGGGACAAAAUUUAGUGACACUUAAAUUAAUACCACGAAUUGAUUAUGCAAAAAAACGUGGUGGACCACGUGGUGGUUCAAGCGAUCAAAGUGGUAUUGUACCUGAAUCAAAUCAACCAUUUAAGAAAAAAAAUCGUUUUGCAUUUAAACGCCCACCACCAAAAUUAUUCGAUGAAACAGCUGUCGAAGCUGCCGGUGGUCAAAUUAAAAGAGAUUAUGAAUAUCGAUCAUUUGAAGGUGGAAAAUAUGAUGAAAAAGGUUUUCUUAUCAAAAACUUUCCAUUACAAGCUGUUUCAGCCGAUGGUAUAAAUCCAAGUAUAAGUGAAUUAGAUAAAUUUGAAGAAACAAUCGAUGGACCUGAAAGCAAUAUUUCAAUAAAUAAAUCAAAAGCAUCAAAAAAUGAUCUGCUAUCAUUUGCACCAGGUGAUCAAGUUGAAGUAUGUGAAGGUGAAUUAAUUAAUUUACAAGGUACAAUUGUUGGUAUUGAUGGUGAUUCAAUUCGAAUAUUACCAAAACAUGAAGCAUUAAAAGAUGAAAUACCAUUUAAAGCAAAUGAAUUAAGAAAAUAUUUUUCUGUUGGUAAUCAUGUUAAAGUUUUAAAUGGACGAUAUGAAGGUGAAACUGGAAUGAUCGUUGGUAUUGAUGGAAUUAAAGCUAUUGUUUUAAGUGAUGGUACUAAAGAUGAAAUGCCUGUUAGAACAUCGGAUCUUCAAAUAUGUAAAGAAACAGCAACUGGUGUUGAUUCAUCUGGACAAUUUCAAUUAAAAGAUUUAGUUAAUAUUUCUGCAGAUAAAGUUGGUGUUAUUGUUCGAAUUGAAAAAGAACGUUUACAUGUAUUAACUAUGGAUGGAAAGACUCAAGUUGUUCCAAUACAAUCAGUAACAAAAAGAAAAAUUAAUAGAAAUGCAACUGCACUUGAUUCACAAAAUAAUAAUUUAAAUUCUGGAGAUAUUGUCAAUGUUGUUGAUGGACCAAAUUCAAAUCGUCAAGGACAAAUUAAACAUCUUUAUCGUCAUUUUGUUUUUAUAUUUUGUCGAACAUUAACUGAAAAUAGUGGUAUAUUUGUAGCAAAAGCAAGAAAUCUAUUAUUAGCUGGUGGAACAUCAAGAAUUUCAUCAUCACCAUCAAUGCCAGUUAAUGCUCCUUAUAUGUCACCGAGAACUAUGGGAACACCAUCACCACAUACAUCAACAUCAUCAGCUGGUGGAGGUAGUGGUGGUUCUUCAUCAAUACAUUCUAAUAGUCCAUCAGCUGGUUCUCGAACACCAAAUUCAGGUGGAGGUGGAGCAAUGAAAGCACCGUUUUCCGCAGUUAAUAAUAUUCGUCGUGAUACGGCUUUAAUUGGACAAACUGUUCGAAUAUCUCAAGGACCAUAUAAAGGUUAUGUUGGUAUUGUUAAAGAUGCAACUGAAUCAACAUGUAAAAUUGAACUUCAUGCAAAAUGUCAAACAAUUACGGUUGAUAGAAAUCGUAUUGUAUCAACAACAAAUGUUCCACGUCAACCAGGUGAAAUGUCUCAUUAUUUUACAACACCACUUCAUGGUUCACAAACACCAUCAUAUGCUGCUUUUGGUUCACGUACACCUAUGAUUGGAAAUCAAACACCAAUGCAUGAUGGUUCACGAACACCCCAUUAUGGAAAUAUGACACCUCGUCAUGAUGGUUCAAUGACUCCACAUGCUCAUGGCGGUGCAUCAGCAUGGGAUCCAACGUAUGCAACAACACCUCGAGUUGAUUAUGAUGAUGAUGAUGGUCCAUCACCAUUUGCAACAUUAAAUCCAACUACACCAUCCUAUAGUCAUUUAACUGAUUCAUUAUCAAGUGGUCUUGGAAAUUCGAAUUCAAACAAUUCUUCAUCAAUUAAUAAUUCUUCAUCAUCAACAACGUUAGGUGUUAGUUCAUUACUUAAUUCAAGUGGUGGACCAACAAGUGUAUCUUCAAAUAUUUCAGCUGGUGCUUAUUCGCCAUAUUCAAAUCAUCCAACACCAUCACCAGCUAUGCAAAUGGAUUAUCAACCAUAUAGUUCUCAUAUUCCUACACCGGGAGCAUCAGGUGGCGGUUUUUCUUCAUCAUCAAAUAAUAAUGGUCCACCUGAUCAAUCUCCAGCUGGAAAUUAUGCUUAUUCUCCGUCAAUAAAUAUAACACCUGUGACACCAAGUGCACAAUAUGCACCAAUGUCAACAUCACUUGAUUUUGAUUCCAUCUCAAAUAAUGAUUGGCAUGUUGAAGGUUUAUAUGUUCGAAUAAAAAUAGCUAUUGAAGAUGAAUCAAUUCAUGUUGGAAUGAUCGGAAUUAUUCAGAGUAUAUCUAAUGGUGUUUGUACUGUACAUUUUCCUCAGCAAGAUCGUCGUGCUGUUGUUCCACUUCAUCAUAUGGAACCAGUAACACCGCUACAAAACGAUAAGAUUUAUGUUAUUGGUGGAGAUAAUAAAGGUGCCUCAGGCGACUUAUUAUCAGUUGAUAAUCAAGAUGGAGUUGUUCGACUACACGAUAAUAUUUCAGAUGAUGUUUGUACAUUUAAUGUUCUUGCUCCAUGUUAUAAACGUUUAUCAUCUGAACGUGAUCGUGAGAGUGCUUAUAAAUCUCAAUGGCAAACACGUCAUUUAUCAAUAAUAGCAUUACUUCAAUCACUUCAAAUUAAUUUAAUUUGUUUACAAGAAUUUUGGUUAGAUGAACCAUCAUUUAUUGAUUUAUAUGAAUCUAAACUUUCAUCAAAAUAUUCUUUUCAUUACGUUCGACGCACACAAAAUCUUGAUGAUGGUUUAGCAAUACUUGUUGAUAAAAGUCAAUUUAAAGUUGUUGAAAAAUGUGAACUUCUUUUACAUGAUAUUGGUAAUCGUGUUGGUCUUUUACUUAAUCUUGAACAUAAUGGACAACGUUUAUUAAUAGUAAAUAUUCAUUUAACAUUUCCACAUAAUUCAUUUGAUCGUCGUUUGAGAUUAUCACAAAUAAAAAAAUUUCUUGAAUUAAUCCAUGAAUAUCAAGUAAAACAUAAUCUUUUAAAUAAUUGUUCAAUUAUUCUUUGUGGAGAUUUUAAUUCAUCAUGGGAAAAUGAUCCUGUAUAUCAACUAGUGUUAGAACAACAAUUACAAUCAUCUUAUUUUAUAGUUCAUAAAAAAGAACCAGGAGUAACUCAUUUAACACAUCGAGAUGAACAAUUAGGUGUUGAUUUUAUUUUUUAUCAAUCAACUAUUUUUCAACCUAUUUCAAGUGAAUUAAUUCCACGUGGUUGUGAUACACAUUCAUGGAAUGAUGAAAGUAAAUGGAAUUUAAGUGAUCAUCGUGCAAUUCUUACUACAUUCCAAUUUAAAAAUGAUAAACAACAAACAAAAAAUGAUUUAUAA